UUUCACGUGCCGAUCAUCAUUGCACGAACAGUAUCCUAUCAUUCAGAGGCAAAUGUCACGUCUAACGUCGUUCUUUACAUGUCCUAGAGGAUUGCAACAAUUAUUCUGAGACACGCUGCAUUCAACAAUAGAAUUUUUCCAAUAAAUAGUAAGUACUGGAACCUUCGGAGCUUAUCAUCUUGAGACGUGCAGUUUUUAAUUAGUUUAGCAACCUAAGUGCAUUAAACUAGUUUCUACUUAUAACAGCAUUUUACUGCAAUGUCAUUGGGAUCUUAAAACUUUUUGAUGAUAAUGACAAUAGUCUUGAUAAUGACAAUAGUCUUUUGUCAGAGCAAGAGUUCUGUCGGAACUUUAUUUUUCGAUGUUAUCAGAAUACCUCCCAUCGCCCUUUAAUGUGUCAACUGAAGUGCUCAUUAUUAUUACAACCUUUACACAGAUAAAUUUGUUCUGUUGACCGAGUGAAUUUCGUUAUGAUGGUUUUGAAGGAACGAAUUGUUUUCUGAAGUGAAUUAGCGGGAAACCAUUUUUAUGGAAAUUAUAGUUUCAACUACUUCACGAGGAAGACUGGAAAGAAGGUCUAUUUUGUAUUGCGGUGUUAAAUAAAGAACGAAAUAUUUUGUGUAGAUUCAGAAGGCAGAUGUAGUAUGAACUAUUUUAUAUUUCUGUAUAAAAUAGAAGGAAUGAUAACAGAGGAGUAACGAGUGCAUAAUUUUAUAAAAUAUGUAUUAAAUUGCUCACUAUUUUACUAAGUUUUUGUUUUUAUAUUUUGGACUACAUAUUAUGCAGAAGGUGCCAUUAAAUGAUAAAAUAUUAUAUGUAGAGAACACAGAAUAUAUUCUGAACUCAGAAACUAUUUUGCAAUAGAUAUAGAUUAAUUAAAUCAAUAAGUGUAUUGAUGUUGCAACCAUUAUGUGGAAUAUAUGAUUAAAUGGUAAACUAUUUUAUAUGUUAUAUUUGUGUGGAUAAGACUGUGAACAAUACUGAGAAGUAUUCCGUCUCUAGUGGCCUAAGAGAGGGGGCUGAUUUCUCUCUUACUGUGCCCUUGAGGCCUUAUAGCCCGAAGAGAAGAUAUUCUAGCGGCUGUGAUGCAGCCAAAUACAAUUCUUCAGCAGCAAAUCACUCCAAGAUUCUGCCACGAACGCAGUGUAUACGGAGUUUUCUCUGAAUCCAGCUCUGAUGGUGCAGUUCUCCAAGUUUUCGGUUGAAGUAGAGAUGUAGUUGAUGGUGAGAAAAGAUGUGCGGCAAGCUCGUGUUCUCCAUAUGUGGUCCAUCGGUGGUUCAUCGGUGGUUUCUCGGUUCAUCGGUGUUUGUGGUUUUAAAUGUAAUAAUGAUGUUAUAUAUGUAACAUUUGUGGAAAAGUGGGAACUGGGGAUUGGAGACAAAAUUACACAAAAAAGAGAUUGCCAGAUGCAUGGAGCAUGUCUGAAGCAU